ACGCAUCACGAUGACGUCACCCCGGAACUGACAGUAACGCGGCGGUGCUGCGAUCACUGUAGAAAUGUGCCAAAGUUUACCUCUGGACUGUCUGGUCAGUGUUUUCUCGCUUCUUCAGGAUGAAGAUUUAAUCAGAGCAUCCACAGUCUGUAAGGAGUGGUAUGAUGCUGCAGAGACGCCAUGGCUGUGGAGGAGAAUGUGUCUGCAGAGAUGGAGUUUCUGCAAUGUUUCGCAGCUGCUCUCGGACGCGGGAACACACUCGUGGAAGGCUUAUUACCUGCGCCGCUCUCACCUGGAGAUGAAGAUGAAAACAGGCAGGUCCUGUGCGGACUACACGUGCAAAAGCCUGCGAGGCCAUAAAGGCAGGGUUGUUGGUGUUGUGUACCUGGCUGGAAACGACGGCUGCGCAGAUGUGUGGAAGCAGACACCAGUGGUGUGCAGUGCAUCUACAGACGGCACCGUCAAAGCAUGGGACAUUCACAAGGGUAUUAGUUUAUGGUCAAGCCCUGCUCAGAGCCCCAUGCAGGACAUCACGGUUGACCCGGGGCAGUCUGUUGUUGUGACUUCUGACAGCACAGGAGCAAUCAAAACCUGGAAGGGUGCGACUGGAGAGGAGGUGGCCUGCUUCCAGUCUGGGUUCUCUAGGACCACACUGCUGUCAUUCAACAACGGAGACAGAUCUUUUCUCAUGGUGGGAACUGUCCUAGGGUCUCUGGUGGUCUUGACCUGCCCUGCGCUGUCUGAGGUCUCGAGGCACGUGGUGUGCGACUCCUUCAGUUUAAACCUCCUCCGCUCAUCACCAGAUAGAAAAUGGAUACUCGCUGCCUCCAGAGAAAAUCUUGACUUGAGGCCGAAGGUUUUCUACAGUGAGAGUGUGUGUCUGGCUGCUGAAGAUGAGGAGCGUCUGAGUCAGAGUCUGCCGGUCGCUGGCUGUUGUGCUGCCGUGUUUCUGCCGUCUCAACCCGCACGGCUCGCACUCAUCCACUCCGACGGCCGCUUCAACAACAACACGCUCUCAGUCUUUGACCUGACCCUGAAGGAGUCCAAAUACAAAAAGGAAACACAAGCUCAGCAAGUCGCCUCUUUUCAGGUGGCGCUAAGCCAUCGUUCGGACGUCAUUCUGGAGGCGAGAGGGAGCAGCACUCUUCUCGUUACAGACGGAAACCAUCUGAAGGUCUACACGAUUAAAGGAGAACUCAUCACUAGUUUUGAAGACCAUUCACAGCCAAUCACUGCUCUUUGUGUGGACAGUUUUCGGGUGGUGACAGCAUCUCGUGACCUGUCUCUCAGAAUACUGACCUGGAGAAGCGAUCCAGUGCAUGGGCAUACACUCCAGAGCCAGUAUCAGCUGCUCGGAGGCUCCAUCACAAGAUCCAGAGGAUUCACCAACGUUGCCUGUGAUCAUUCGAGUAUUGUGGGCUCUGUGGAGUCAGUGGAUGGAAACGAUGUCCUGAAGGCUUAUACCUUUGAUUUCUGACCUAAAACCACCAGAUGUAUUCAGAUCUUUUGUACUUACUGACCAGAUCCAUGUAUAGCAUGAUAGAGCCAAAGAUGCUUACAUUAAGAACUAAUGUUUUUCACACAGGUAUGAUUGUUUGCAAAAAAUAAUAUCACAUAUUCACAUCUUUGUUAAUGUAAAAUGAAGAUGAAGAUUUAAUUCCUAGUUGUGUGCAAUCUAAUUAUUUUUAUUACAAAUAAUUGUACAAACAUGGUACAAAAAUGAGAGUUGCAAUGCUUUUCAAGUAUUAGCACUAUGGCACAUAACAUACAGUUUACAUCAAACAAUUCACCAUGUAAAACACAUUUUCUAACAUCUAAAAAUGGGACAUUAUAAUUCAGUCUAUCUGUGGGCUAAAUCACAUGCUGGAUUCUUCAUCUGAACCGAGAGCUGAGGAACAACCAAAGAAAUGUGUGGAGCUUGUCUUUGACGUUGGACAAAGAUGUAAAUAAACUCAUUCUCAUUGUA